CCUGGCACUUCCUUGUUCGAAAGUUUUCAUUUAGGUGAAAGCAGGGACGAAAGUUGUCCGCCGCUGUCUGUGGUCCCACUUUCGUUUUUGGCCGAGUCGGUGCCGUCGUCGCCAUUUCUGACACGGCCACUGAAUAUGUGUCGCAGGUUUCUCAUGGCUGUUCCCGAUAGAAGCUGGCUGACGCUGCACUGAAGAGGAAGAUGUCCACUGCUAACGUUAGCGAAGCUGUCAGAGAGCGGUUCCCCCUGCACUCUGCUGUGUGGGAGAAUGAUUUUAGAGGACUGGAAGGACACAUAAGGAUAGCGCAGGAUGGCAUUGAGACGGUGGACCCGAGAGGUCGGACCCCAUUGCACCUAGCUGUCUCACUGGGUCACCUGGAGUCUGUGCGAGUCCUUCUGAGACAUGGAGCUGAAGUAAUGAGAGAAAAUGCCAACCAUUGGACAGUGCUGCAGGAGGCGGUCAGCACCGGUGAUCCAGAGAUGGUCCAGUUAGUCCUUCAGCAGAGAGACUACCUCAAAGCUUCAACUGCGCUGGGAGGAGUGCCUGAGCUGCUGUCAAAGAUCCGAGAGUCUCCGGACUUUUAUAUGGAAAUGAAGUGGGAAUUCACCAGUUGGAUUCCUCUACUCUCCCGGGUUUGUCCAAGCGAUGUGUGUCGCAUUUGGAAAAGUGGUGCCAGUCUGCGAGUUGAUGCAACUCUUCUAGGCUUUGAAAACAUGACCUGGAUCAGAGGGCGGAGAAGCUAUAUCUUCAGAGGAGAUGAUUCAUUUGCAGAACUCAUGGAGGUGAACCAUGACGACCAUGUGGUGGACACAGUGCACUUUAACAUCUCUCAAGAGAUGGAAGAUGUGACGUUAGAGUCCAUGCAGCCAGCAGAACAGGAAGUGGCCAAAAGACUGACAACGCCUAUCGUCAACACCUUUCUGGACACCAAAGAUAUUGCUUUUGAAAGGAAUAAAUCUGGAAUUUGGGGCUGGAGGACUGAAAAGACAGAGUCAGUGAAUGGAUUUGAAGCAAAGGUUUUCAGCGUCAAUAAUGUCAAUGUAGUCAUCAGAACACGCACAGAACAUCUCACAGACGAAGAGAAAGCCAGAAUAAAAAGUGAGAGGAACAUUCUGGAAUCCAUGCUCGGCACAGUGGAGCAACACAUCAGUGCACAUGGGGACCUCACCCUUGAGUAUGCAACUGCCACCAAUCCCACAGCUAUCACACCGGAGGAAUAUUUUGACCCCAACUUUGACCUGGGGAACAGAGACAUUGGCAGGCCCAUCGAGCUCAGCAUUCGCACACAGAAGUUCAAAGGUACGUUGUGGAUGAGUGAAGAGCAUCCUUUGUCCCUGGUGGAGCAGGUGACACCCAUUAUUGACCUCAUGGCUCGGACCAGCUCCCAUUUUGCACGCCUGCGAGACUUUGUCACCUUAAAGUUUCCACCGGGAUUUCCAGUUAAGAUCGAGAUCCCUCUGUUCCAUGUGCUCAAUGCCAGGAUCACCUUUGACCAUGUAAACCGAUGCAGCACCGAGCAGGAAGCCAAGGUGACACCAGCAGCAACUCCAACAUCCACAACAACAUCCUCAGGAGACGAUGAAGAAGCUGCAGCUCCACUAUUUCAGGUGUGCCCAUCUGUCUUUGAAGUUCCUGCCAACUACCAUCGCCGAGGGGGCAGCCGCCAUGCACCCGUGCCCAACGACGAUGAGGAGCUUUUGCAGUACGCUAUUCACCAGAGUCUCCUGGAUUCCCAAAAUGUUUCAGACCAGGACGUCACCUGGGUGGAUGCAGGUGUGGACUUUACUGACACUGUGCCCAGUAACUAUAGUGACCGCAGCGUCCCAGAGGGGGAGCUAGUGGAUUAUGGAGACACUUCCAGCCCAGCGAGCUCCUUCUCCACCUCAAGCCCUGACACAGACCUUCACCUGGCUAUGGAGCUCUCUGCCCGAGCGCAAGAGCAAGAGGAGCAGAUUAGAAAGCAGGAGGAGGAGGAGCUGGAGCGUAUCUUGCUGCUCUCUCUGACAGAAAAGUAAAAGGGAAUGACACACAGAACUUUAACAAUAAUAAUAACUUUUUUAGUUUCUGAAGAAAACACCAGACCUCAGUCUCUCUUCCUAACAUGUCUACUAUGCAACUGCAGCUUUUUUUUAUACCAGGUAGGCAAUAGAACAUUCUCUGUGUGCUAGAUUUCUAGGGGAUAUUUUCGGUAUUUUUCCUCACUCAACUUCAACUGGAAACAAUUUUCUCUGUUUACUCACUCUGGUUUUUCCUUGAUGUAUUGAGGCCCAUUUGAAUUCCCCCAAUUUCUCUGUCUUUUCAAGUGGAACGCAUUCAUGCUGUAGAAUCGUGGGCAUGAAGCAACUUAUUUUAUCGUCAACACGAUGAGAUUUAUACAUGUUUUAUUCUAAACACACCACUUAAUAAAACUCUCAGGGUUCCAGACUAACACAACUGCUGUUAUCUUCAGACAACAAACGGAAUAUUUGCUGGUAGGACAGAUGUUUUUAUACUCCUAAUUUAAUGAAGCGCGAACAAAAGCAUGCUGCAGACAUGAGCCGCAUGCUGAGUCUAAGGAAAAGGGACACAUGCCGCUUUACAAGCCGUGAUGCAGAGAUUAUUUCUAAAUGCAGUCUUUCCUUUAACUUGGCUCUCAGUUGCCACAUACAACUUAAAACCUCUGAGCGUUUUCGGCAUGUGCCAACAGAAUGCUUUGCUGUCAUAUUGUUCAGCGGUGCUCAUACUUUCCCUAUGUGCCACACUGAAAAAAAAUCUUUGUAUGAAUUAAGCUGAUUAAACAACAGCAGUUUGAUGCUGAAUAAGACAUUAACCACUAAUUGUUUAUCUGAAAAUUCUGCGUUGCUUCAUCUGGUUGCUGAGAGGCUGAAAGGUUGGACUUCUGCUUUAACAGGAAACAUGUACUUAUGGACCAUUUAGGCUGCAAGGUUGUUGUGUUUUUGUUUUUUUUUCUCAUUGCGAUUGAAAUCUGAAGAAAAAGCUGAUUAAAAUGUUUAUUAAUAAAAGCACUU